AUAUAUAUAUAUAUAUAUAUAUCUCUAUAUAUUAACCUUAAAUUUGUUGUCUUCUUCUCCUUCAUUGCUUCUGUCUUCAUAAGCGUAACUCCAAUAUCGUACUUUGCUGCUGCUGCUGCUGCUUCUGCAUCUUCUGCUUUCUCUUUCAUUGAGGCAGGCCUGAUCGAGCAGAGAAGAAAGGGACUGCCUGUCUUUUUGGUUAUAGAUUCUUUAAUGUCCAUUUCGUGUUUCAAGAAGCCGUGCUCAAUUAUAUAAAGGGCAAUCGCGUCUUUCCUACCAUCUUUGACCUCCUCCUCCUGCUCCUCCUCAUUCCUCUCUCGGAUUCCCUUACGCUAUUAUUAGCUCGAUCCUAUAGUUCAUCCACUAUGUGUAGAGUAGACCAAUCAUAUAUGUUUGAUGUUAAUGAAUUGACGAUAGAUCAGACUACAUCAAGAAAAAAUACAUGGAUCUGUCUGAAAACUUUAUCCUCUAGGUUAUUCCUAUCACACCUGAUGGAUUCUAGUUAUGUUCCAAAUUAUGCAUGAGCGGGUCGUAGUCCUGCAUUCUCCCUUCGAUUACACAAAGUUUCCCUAUAAGAGCUUUCUAGCAUGAAUCAAUUGUCAAUUAGGUGCUCUUGACAUAUACCAGAUCGACACUGGUCCGCACAUUGAGGAUUGUUCUCGAGGAGGCAUUGCCGUAUACAAAUAAAUAAUAUAUAUAGUUAAUAUAAUUAAAGAAUUGUGGAGGAUAUCAUAAUAUAAAUUCCGGUACAGUUGUAGGGUAGAGUGCAAAACCCCGUUCAUGAUGCAUCAUUUCCACCAUUCACCAACACAAGACAGCAUCAUUAGCACAGACCUCUAGUUAACGUCCAACACCUCCGCUUGGUUUUCACCAAAAACCAACAAAACCUCUCUCAUUAUCAUUAGGUUUCCCCUUUUCUAAUUCCACCUUUUCACCUUCUUCUUCUCCUCCUCCUCCUCUUAUUUUCACAAACAUAUGAAAAAAAUUAUAAGAAAAGGAAUCAUUACACAAUUUUGUAUCAUAUAUAUGUGUGUGUGUGUGUAUGAGAGAGGUAAACGGUGAAUGUUGCACACCACCAAAAGAGUUCAUGAUUAGGGGCUGACAACACUUGUCACCUUCCAACUCCAAUCAAUUAUCGGCUAUGAUGGAGUCUAUGGAGUCCUGCGUUCCCCCCGGAUUUCGGUUUCAUCCAACAGACGAGGAGCUUGUAGGGUACUAUCUGAGGAAGAAGAUCGCAUCACAGAAGAUCGACCUUGACGUCAUCAGAGACAUCGAUCUGUAUAGAAUUGAACCAUGGGAUCUCCAAGAGAGAUGUCGGAUCGGAUACGAAGAGCAGAACGAGUGGUACUUCUUCAGCCACAAGGAUAAGAAAUACCCGACAGGGACGAGGACUAACCGAGCUACCAUGGCCGGGUUCUGGAAGGCAACUGGAAGAGACAAAGCUGUCUACGAUAAGACAAGGCUGAUUGGGAUGAGGAAAACCUUGGUCUUCUACAAAGGGAGAGCCCCUAAUGGACAGAAAACCGACUGGAUCAUGCACGAGUACAGGCUCGAAUCUGACGAAAAUGGACCUCCUCAGGAAGAGGGAUGGGUAGUUUGCCGAGCUUUCAAGAAGCGCACGAACGGGCAGAACAACAAGAGCAGUGCUGAAGGAUGGGACCCAGGCUACUUCUACGAUGAGCCCAGUGGGAUUAGCUCCGUGAUCGAUCCCACCAAUAUCGAGUACAUAUCAAGGCAUGGCCUACAUAAUUUCUCAUCAUCCUCUCGCCUUGCGUGCAAGCAAGAGACCGAGGGAGACAACCUCAACUUCAUCAACAACCUCAACGCGGACCACUUCCUACAACUUCCUCAGCUAGAGAGCCCAUCUCUUCCACUAAUGAAGAGGCCGAUAAGUUCUGUCCCUGAGGAAGAACCAGAUGCCCAAUACAGCUCAUCGAAGAGGUUGGUCACCGACUGGAGGGCGCUUGACAAGUUUGUUGCAUCGCAGCUGAGCCACGAGGAGAGGUACAGUAACAAUAACGGGGGUGAAGAGGGUUUGAAUAACAAUAAUUUGACGACAAGCUUCACUGGUGGGAGUGAUUCGAACAAUUGUUCAGAUCAAAUGGCAUUUUUGCUUAUGCAAAGCGGUACUGGACGGGACGAAAGGAACAUCGACCAUGACAGUCUCAUGAGCGGGUUCUUGAAUUCAAGCAGUGACUGCGAUGUUGGGAUAUGCAUAUUUGAUAAGUGAAGCAACGUGACAUAAGAGGAGAAGAAGUUCCAUCUAUAAUAUGCAUGCAUUUGUUGCCCUUAUACAAUUAUAUAUGUUAGUAAGGGAGAAAAGGAGAGGUGGUGUUGGGGCAAUAUAUAUAUUUUUGUGUAAAAAAGGGAAUGUGAAUGGUAGUGAAAAUGAGCGGGGAUCCCUCUCUUUCUCCUCAUACGAGUUAGUCAAGUACAAUGACUAUAGUGAUAUUUUACUACAAGUUCCUCUGGAAGAGAUAGGCAUAUACCUGAAAAAUUGAACUAUCGAACCGUGCAGUUUAUUUUGUCAGGCAGUGUGGUUGCAUUGGACCCCGUUCGCUAAGUUGGCGUUAUUGUAUCCGUAAUUCGGAAGCAAAUGCAUUCAGUGCCAGAUAUGUCAAGAUAAAUAAAGAGAAUGUAAUGGCUAUUGCCGAUUGUUUUG